AUGGCAGGCUUGACAGAACACUACAACAAGCGCGAUGUCGAGGUGAACGAGAGUUCGGACGAGAAGCCCAACGAGGCGCAAGUCGAGCAAGCGCGCAUGCUGGCUGAGCUGCCCGAUCCCGAUGCCGGCAAGACCCCGGAGGAACGGGCCGAGAUUGACAGGAAAUUGAUGUGGAAAGUCGAUCUUUGGCUAGUUCCGUGGUUGUCAUUGCUCUAUCUACUCUCAUUCCUCGACCGCACAAACAUUGGAAAUGCCCGUCUCGCGGGUAUGGAGAAAGACCUCAAGAUGAAUGAAGGCAGCGACUACAACCUCUCUCUUACUGUCUUCUUCAUCAGCUACGCCGUAUUCGAGCCCGCCACCAACGCACUGCUCAAGCGCUUAACACCGCGCAUCUUCUUCACCGGAAUUAUCAUCACUUGGGGCACCAUCAUGACCCUCAUGGGUCUCUGCACCAACUUCCAGGGCCUUCUUGCCGCUCGUUGGUUUCUCGGCAUCGCAGAGGCCGGACUGUUCCCUGGUGUCAACUACUACCUCUCCUGCUGGUACAAGGGAUCCGAGAUCGGUGUCCGCUCCGCCGUCUUCUUCUCCGCCGCCGCCCUCGCCGGCUCCUUCGGCGGCCUGCUCGCGGCCGCCAUCGCCAAGAUGGGCGGGGUCGGCGGGCGCCCCGGCUGGGCCUGGAUCUUCAUCAUCGAGGGUCUCGCCACCGUCUUCGUCGGCGUCUUCUGCUGGUGGAUGGUCUUCGACUGGCCCGACAACGCCCGCUUCCUGACCCCCGACGAGCGCAUCCGCGUCCAGCGCCGCCUCAUCGCCGACAAGCAGGGCCGCACCGCCGAGGACUUUGACAAGCGCCACAUGUACGCCGGCCUGAAGGACUGGAAGACCUACGGCUACAUGGUCAUCUACAUGGGCUGCCUCGUGCCCCUCUACGCCUUCUCCCUCUUCCUGCCCACGAUUCUCAACGGCAUGGGCCACUCCGGCACCAAGGCCCAGCUGCUGUCCGUCCCGCCCUACGCCGUCGCCGCAGCGCUCACCGUCACGGUCGGUGUCAUUGCCGACAAGACGCGGUACCGCGGAUACUGCAACAUGGCGACGGUGACGAUCGGCAUCGUGGGUUUCGUCAUGCUCAUCGCGACCAAAAACCCUCAAGUGCAGUACGCAGGUACUUUCUUGGGCGCGGCCGGCAUCUACCCGACCAUCUCCAACACUUUGUCCUGGGUCAUCAACAACACCGAGGGUUCUCUCAAGCGUGCGUUCGUCCUGGGCAUGGUCGUCGGAUGGGGCAACCUCAACGGCGUGGUCUCGUCCAACAUCUAUCUCAAGAGGGAAUCCCCGCGCUUCUGGACCGGCCACAGCGUCAUUCUCGGAUACCAAGUUCUCUUCCUGCUCGGCGGUUCCGUCUUCAUGCACUUCGCCCUCCGCAGGGAGAACUCGAAGCGCAGGGCCGGCAAGAUGGACGCCCAGUGGGCCGCUAUGACGGACGAGGACAAGUGGGUGGCGGGCGAUAGGCGCCCUGACUUCAUGUACACGCUUUGA